GGUGAACUUCACACAGCUUGCCAGAAUGGAACUCUAGAUGACGUGAUUAAAUGUCUUCAAGCUUCAAAAGGCAACACACAGUGGUAUUAUGAAGGACAGAGUCCCAUUCACACAGCCAUCCUCAGUGGGAGAGCUGACGCGUGUGAAGUUAUACAAGUUCUUCAAGACUACGGAGCCGAUAUCAACGCCCAGACUCGUCCUGGAGGUGACACUGCGCUUCAUCUGGCUGUUCUGCGUGAUGUUUAUCCAAGAAAGUUCGACCUCAUUAAAUAUCUUCUGAAAAGAAAAGCUGAUAUGACGAUCAGAAAUAAGCUUUGUAUUAUAGAUUCUGUUCUAGCUAACCAGGCUGACAGACUUAAAAAAUAUAUCGAGCUGGGUGGUGACCCUAACACUGUAAACAAAGAAGAAGACACAGCCCUGAAUUUAGCCAUCAAAAACCCAAGACUGCGAGACAAUGGGCAGCUUAUCGAGUGUGUUCGGUUGCUUGUCGAUGCUGGAGCCGACUGCAAUAUUCAAGACUGGGAUGGUAAAAACGCGCUGGAACUUGCUGUAGAGAAAGGAUACAAAGAUAUUGUUAAAAUCCUCAGAAACAAG